UUCCGACCUGUCAUAUUGUAUGAAAAGAAUGCACUAUCUUAAGCUAGAACGCAGAGGAGAUAGCUGAGCCCCGAUGGAGUUUGUUGCUGCAUCUGCAUCUAUGAAGAGUCAGGGAGGCCCAAGCUAUCUCGGAGCCCGCAACAACAUAAAUCCGGAUAGGGUCAAAAACACCUAAAAUUACAAUCCAUCCCACGACUCGACUCGAAGAUGCGAAAGCGUGGAAUUGUGCGUCCACGAAUUACUAUUCCCACUACUCCGACUAUUUGUGGCCGACAGCUGAGCAGAGCAAAAAUGCCGAAAGCCCCGUCGAAAAAGCGCAAUAACGCUUCCCAGGCCAGCCCGUAUGCCCAAGCUGCUGCCAAAACCAAGGCCGCAAACAAUGUAUUUCGCAUGAAUACAGACAUUGGCCAGCACAUUCUAAAAAAUCCAGGUGUUGCUCAGGCUAUUGUGGACAAAGCGGAUCUAAAACAAAGUGAUACCGUCCUUGAGAUUGGUCCUGGGACAGGUAACUUGACUGUCAAAAUACUAGAAAAGGCGAAGAAGGUCAUUGCUGUCGAGUUGGACCCGCGAAUGGCUGCCGAAGUCACGAAGCGAGUGCAAGGGAAGCCAGAACAAAAGCGACUUGAAGUUCUACUAGGUGACGUGAUCAAAACGGAUCUUCCGUAUUUUGAUGUCUGCAUCAGCAACACUCCUUACCAGAUAUCUUCUCCCCUAACCUUUAAACUCCUCGCUAUCAAUCCGGCACCACGAGUAUGCAUUCUCAUGUUCCAACGAGAAUUCGCAAUGCGCCUUUUCGCCAAACCUGGCGAUAAGCUCUACAGCCGUUUGUCUGUGAAUGCUCAAAUGUGGGCAAGAAUCGACCACAUCAUGAAAGUCGGGAAGAAUAACUUCAAGCCGCCUCCCGCCGUAGAAUCGAGCGUGGUCCGCAUUGUUCCCAAGAACCCGCGCCCACAAAUCAGUUAUGAUGAAUGGGAUGGCCUUUUGAGAGUUGCCUUUGUGCGGAAAAACAAGACGAUGAGAUCCAGCUUUCUUGGUACCACUAGUGUCCUUGAUAUGCUGGAGUCGAAUUACCGAACAUGGUGUGCCCAGAAUAACAUUCCAGUCGAAGAUGGCCCUGUAGAGGGACUCCAGGAUGAACUGAUGGACACAAUGGAGGAGCAAGGAGAGCUGGAGGAAGAACUAGAUGGCGCUAUGGACGUCGACGAUGACGGAGAUGUACCGGAGUUCUUUGCGGACGACAAGCCAAAACUUAAUUCGAAUCCAUCGAAGGAGAAUCCAGGCCGCAAAAAGAAAGGAAAAGUACGGGAACUCGUCCGGGAGAAAGUCAGACAGGUUCUUGAGGUCGAAACGGGUCUUGCAGACAAACGCGCACGAAUGUGUGAUGAAGGCGAGUUCCUCAAACUCUUGUGGGCCUUUAAUCAGAAGGGUAUACAUUUCAGUUGAUCUCUCGAAGACAGGAAACUCAAACCCAAGGGCUCAAAAAAUCGAUGUAUAUGAACACCAUGUCAACUUAUGGCCCGCGGCAAAUGCUGGUACAGAUCGAACCGGUCAACCCGGGCCUGAGGGCGUUCCAGUGCUGGUUCGGAGAUGGGCACUCGAAUCUUGAAACAAGCUCUGCCAUAUGAACGCCUCACUCAACAAAAGCUCAAUAUCCUUCUCGGUCCAAUCUUUGGUGGGAAGAGCUUGGAGGAACAUCAUGAUUUCCUGAUAAACGCUUAGCUGAUGGUUUUAAAUUUCCCAUUCCCGGUGUACCAAGGGGAAACGAACCUGAAAGUCCAUUUUAAGGAGCUGGUCUGACCACUUGACAAGGAAUGCUGCACACACGUAAAGAUGAAAUCGGGAGAAACCUUGUUCCUCGGCCUGGGUUCGAUGUUAGCCGUGCGAAGAUUUUGAAGGGAAAAGAGGAGCUAUAUAUACCAUAUAUGUAUCCCACAUCCUUAUAGUGUUCUGGAUGCUGACCUCCCUCAUCAAAAGACAGUUCAUCCAGCGGAAGCUGAACUGCAUGAAUUCAACACCCUCCUGUUCGAGAUGCUUUGCUAGCGUGGAGUCAAUUCGCAUCGUGAGAUCGCGAAGUGCUCCAACUUGCCUGUGUAUACCUGGUUGAGCAUAUAUAUAGUUGUCUUGAAUACCAUCGAGAAGUUUCGUUAGACACCAGAAUGAAUCGGCUUCAACGGCAUCAAGAACAGUUUUUGGUAAUUGUCCGGGAUCCAUCCCCUCCUCUAUAUUAAGAUCCGUAAUAUAUGUCCCUAGAAAGACCUGCCAGAAUGGCGUGACUAGAUCGUUGAUCCCCUAUAGCUUCAUCCAAGCCUCUUCCAGUCCCACCAUUAGAUGUGGAGACCGCACCGCUGGGUUUAUCCACGGUUGAGUUUCCCCUCUCAAAAGCCUGUCGAACACCAUCAAGAUACUCUUUUCGCUUUCUCUCGAGGGCGACUACGCGACGCUCACUAUUCGUUGGCAAAUAUCCUAACAGAAGCUGCCAAGUCAUCGCUCGAACCUCAUCGGGAACGCCAGACCAGGCGAGGUCGCGAAGCUCUGGAAGAGAUACAGUACUUGAUUGGAGAAUGCGCUUGAACUUGUUGAUUCUGCUUAUACGGCUUGAGUGAACCUCUAGCUCUUUAGGGGUUCCGUUAGGCGGAGGAGGAGAGUGGUUAAUCAAGUGGAGCGAAUUUGCAGGAUCUUAACGCAGAACUUGUUAGUUGUUAUUUACCAUCAUCGCCAAUAAGGAUUUGAAAGUUACCAGUCAAUAGUUCCUUGUAUUGUGGACGCAAAAUCUUGCCAUCCGUCUUUUUUGCCGUUGGGUAACUGAGUAUACCCCUUUCCUCUGCAAUAUCAGAACUAUUCGUGCGUAGUCUGGCUGAGGGUAGAUUGGGGUUUAGCGUUGAUGAGCCAUUUAUACGGCUCUUUGAACCCCCUCGCGCAUCACCCCCUGCUGUCUGGAGUUUAUAUCGAGACGCUCCUUUUUUUCGCAUGCUCGUAACGCUGGGAAGCCCAAACUCGUCCUC